UUCCUAUCUUGAUCAUGUCCAUGAAAUUCAGACCUGCAUACAAUACUCGAGUAUCAAGGCCUCUGAUUUGAUAGAAAUUUAAUUUUAUGUAUGGAUACUGAUUGCUGCCAGAUUAAUCAAAGAUUACACAUGAGAGUCUGAUGACACUGGAGGGAAGCUCAAACACCUGAAUGCAAAACAAUAGAGUUGGACUAACGACAGAAAUUACGACAGAUCUCCGAGUAUUUCUUCUGCAAAUAUAAUUUAUCUAUUUAUUUGGCAGUCGCAAAGAAGACUUUAAAUCCCGUUGGGGAUGGAUAAUUCAGCAGACAGCCCCUGUUUUAGGGAAGGUGAAAACAAAUCAAAAAUGAGUAUUGCUCACUGUGAAGCUUUAGCACUAUUUAAGAAGCAGAUUAGCGAUAUCCGAACAGAAUAUGACACGGAUUUGCAGCUGACGAAGGUGCUUCGAGCUAGGAACUUUAACUUGAAGAAGGCUGAAAAGCUAUUUCGGGAGAUUUACUGCUGUCGACAGAUGUUCGAAGCCGAUACGAUAGUUACCACUUACAAAAAAAUAGAGGUUUUAGAGAAAUACGAAUACAACGGAUUUAUGGGGUUUGCCAAGAAUGGAACUCCUAUUCGUUAUAUAUCUGUGGGAAGCGGAGAUCCUAUGGGUUUCUUGAAAUCUAUGUCUGGUUACGAACUUUCCAAUUUCUUUGUUUAUAUGAUGCUAUCAGAUAUACUUGCAGCCAGGAAAGAAAGUGAAAAGAGAGGAAAAGAGAUAAUGGAAAUCACCUAUGUUCUUGACUUGACUGGAUUCUCAAUUCAGGAUCAUCUCCGUGAAUGUAUUCUAGAAAUAGCCUUGGAUGUCACCAGCAUUUUUCAAGAAUACUAUCCAGAAAUUUGGAGCAACGUGUUAUUCGUUAACGCUUCCUAUGUCUUCCACAAAUUUUAUAAUAUUUUGAAACCCAUCAUCAGGGACGAUAUGCUUAAAAAGAUAGAAAUCGUAUCAAGCGAAUCCACAGCUGAAUUACUUUUAAAAUAUAUUGACGAAGAUGUCUUACCAGAAUUUCUUGGCGGGAAACGGAGGGAUUCCAAAGGAGAUCCAAUGUGUAAGGAAUUUCUACGCUUCGGUGGCCGAAUUCCAGAAAAAUAUUACCUGUCCAAUCGGCAUCCUCUCUUAUCAUCGGAUCCGGGUGCUUCAAGUAGGCUAAUCUCAGCAAAGUCUUGCUUCAACUUUCCAGUUGUAGUCAGGAAACCAGGAUCAAAAAUCAGCCUAGAAUUUCGGACUGAGGGAGGAAGCAUAUCAUUUAUAAUACUGCACAGAAAAUUUGGACCGGAUACGGAAAUUCUCGACCUUCCAACCAGCGAUGAAAAUCUGAAUGAAAAAGACGAAAAUUCUAGUUUCCAAGCUGUUAUUUCCGCAUUUAGAGUACAAACUCAUUUGGCACCGGUCGACGAGAAAAUUAAAGCUCCAUGGACUGGUGUUUAUGUCUUCAAGUUCAGUAACUCCAGCAGCUGGUUUAUGUCCAGGCGACUAAUAUACCGCAUUAAGCUUAUAGAACCCGAAUCUUAAAUAUGCUCUCAAGCGUUUUUGUUUAGUAGAAAUUUAUUCCUUGACUGUCAAAUCGUUUUUCUGCUCAUAAAUCAUAUUUCUUUUUUUUUUCUGUUGUCCAAUAAUUCGGCAAGCAUUUGUUUGUACAGGAGUUUCCUUGAAUGUUCCUCACCUACUGCAAUUCAUAUUACGGUAGGAAAAUUAAUAUAUCUGAAAAGAUAAAACUUAUUGAAUUUUAGCUUCAAUUAUAUUUUCUUAACAAUUCUGCAAUAAAAAAUAGGCGGUGGUAUAUUUUUGCUGCAAAAUAUACCGAACGUUUAAUCACGUAACCAAUACGGACAGUAGGUUUUUGCAAUAAAUUCUGAAAUAUUUUCCUACGCGGUAAUGUGAAGCAUUCUAACAUGUUUUAGUCUUAAUAUUCAAGCAUAUUUAUAGAAUUGUAACAAGUAAUAUGAGACAUUGUUUCUUUAUUGUAAAAAUAUAAAGUAUUUUUGUUUUAAUCAAUGUAAUAAAAUAUGUAAUAUUGUCCUACGCAGUAAUGUGAAGCGUUUUAACGUGUUACUCUUAAUGUUAUAACAUGUUAUUUAAUUUACUGCAAUAAUUGUAAUAUUGUAAUCGUUUUGACAUGUUAUUUAAUUUAUUGUAAUAAGUAAUAUGAGACAUUGUUUUCAUGUUGUAAAAAUUUGAAGUACUAUUUUUUUGUUUUGUUUUGUUUUAAAAAAUAUAAUAUUGCCUUUCGCAGUAAUGUGAAGCAUUUUAAGAUGUUAGUAUUAUUGUUCAAGCAUAUUUAAUUUAUGGAGUUGUAGUAAGUAAUAUGAAAUAUUGUGUCUUCGUUGUAAAAGUAUAAAGUACUGUUUUUCUGUUUUAA